AUGGCCUCCGACGACCACCGUCUCGUCGAGGUGGUGCCUCCAGUAAGCCUCCUCUGUAUCAGCGAAUGCUCAACUUGUCCUGUCAUAUGCGCACCCCCACCACCGCCCACGGUGACCCUCAAAUCUCCUCCACCGGUGCCUCACUCCCCUCCGAUGGCUUCCUUCCCACUCAACCCACCCCCAUCCCCACCUCGACCGACCCCAUCACCACCGCCGCCUCCAGUACCGCCGGUGGCUUCAUCUCAUUCCCCACCGCCUCCCGCUUUCAAAUACUAUUUCAGCUUGCCACCACCGCCUCCGGUGCUGAUCCCGGAGCCUCUGCCGCCGACGACGGCGGCGCCUCAUGGAAAUACCAAUGCUUAUAAUUACUACUUCUACGCUUCGAAUUCAUGUUCUCUGAAUUCUCCGGCGUUUUUGUGGGCUCUGUUUCUCUUCCAUUUGGUGUGUCUUGGUGGUGGUGAAGUGAAGCUUGAUUUUCAUGGUGUUUUGUAUGGGAAGUAG